AUGCCUCACUCAUUUGGUUACCGCGCGCGUACGCGCCACAUGUUCAAGAGGGGCUUCAAGGAGCAUGGACCCAUCAAACUCUCGACUUACCUGAUUCCUUACCGGAUUGGUGAUAUUGUCGACAUUAAGGCCAAUGCCGCCCAGCAAAAGGGUAUGCCCCACAAGUACUACCACGGGCGGACUGGCAUCAUCUACAACGUCACUCCUCACGCCGUCGGGAUCAUCAUCCACAAGGUAGUCGGCAACCGUUACAUGGAGAAGCGCGUAAACAUCCGUGUUGAGCAUAUCAGGCACUCGAAGUGCAGGCAGGAGUUCUUGGACCGUGUCCAGUCGAACCACGAGGGUCAUCAGGCUGCCAAGGCCAAGGGUGAGCGCGUCACCUUGAAGCGCUUCCCCAUCCUCCCCCGGGAAGCCCACACCGUCAAGGCCUCCGCCGACAACACCCCUCAGACCAUCGUCCCUGUCCGUUACGAGACCACCAUCUAA